AGCAAUCCACAGUCCUGGGCUCUGUCCACACUCCGCGUUACUUCUACACCUCUCCUCCUGCCAGCUCUGCAGCUUCAGAUGUCUCAGAGUCCUACUGAAAGAGAAAAAAGAAUCUAAGCAGUAUAGAGGAGAGCAGACAUGGCUGGUAGAUCCUAUCGUAGCUCUGCUCCAUUACUUGAUCCAUCAGAAGAUGAAGAAGAAAUAGAAGAAGGAGAAAAUGGAACAGCUUCAGUUUCAGCUGCUCGAUCCAGCAUGGGUGAAGAGAGCAUCUGGCCCCAGCUCAGCUCAGUGAGAGAAGGAGCAGACAUGGCUGGCAGAAUGAUCUGUAUCUCGGCUCUAUCGCAUGAUCUUACAGUAAAAGACAAAGGAGGAGGAGAAAAUGAGACAUUUUCAAUUUCAGCUGCUCAAUCAAGCAUUCCUGAAAACAUUGCCUGGUCUCUGCCCUGUUCAACAAGAAAAGGAACCAAAGAAAAGUUCCAGAAUCUGAAGACAGAGGAGUCCAGCCCAGCACAUUUCUGGAAAAAUGAGGAUUUGCAACAAAAAUUCACCCAGCUGUUACUUUUAGAAAAACCUCAUCUCAGAGGCCAGGAACUCCUCCCGAAGGAAAACUGGCAUCAGAAUGAAAUGGAGGAAGUAGGACAUUUAAUUGACAUUGGAGAUUUAUUUGGCCCAGGACCAAGUACCCAGGAAGAACCUCAAACAGUUAUAUUGUAUGGACCUGCUGGAAUUGGGAAGUCAACUCUGGCCAGGCAGGUGAAGGUAGCCUGGGAGGAAGGUCAGCUGUACAGGGACCACUUCCAGCACAUCUUCUGCAUCAGCUGCAAGGAGCUAGACCAACACAAGAUGCUGAGUCUGGAAGAGGUCAUCAUGAAAGACUCAUCUGGCCACCUCAAGGAGAUUCUCACGAGGCCAGAGCAGCUGCUCUUCAUCAUCGAUGGUGUGGAUGAACUACCAUUGUUUGCAGAGGGGAUGGAAUCAUAUCUUUGUCUGCACUGGAGCCAGCCUCAGCUGGUUCACACACUGGUGUGCAGUUUGCUGAGGAGAAUCAUGCUUCCUGAAGCUUCCUUGCUCAUCACAGCUCAGACCACAGCUCUACAGAAGCUUAUCCCUUUCUUAAAGCAGCCCCGUUGUGUGGAAGUCCUGGGCUUCUCUGAGUCCAGUAGGAAGGAGUAUUUCUACAAGUAUUUCUCAAAGGAGAGCCAAGCACUCAAAGCCUUUAGCUUGGUUGAAUCAAACCCCGCACUAUUGACUCUGUGUCUGGUGCCUUGGGUGUCGUGGCUGGUCUGCACAUGCCUCAAGCAGCAGAUGAAGCGGGGGGAGGACCUUCCACUCACCUCCCAGACCACCACAGCCCUCUGUCUGCACUACCUUGUCCAGACUCUCCCAGCUCAGCUCCUGGGAACCCAGAUCAGGAAGAUCUGCACUCUGGCUACUAUGGGCAUCUGGCAAAGCAAGACUUUGUUUAGUGUAGAUGACCUCAGCAAGUGUGGAGUAGAUAGGACCAUCAUUAUCACUUUCUCAGAGAUCAGUGUUCUUCAAAAACACAGCCAGUCUCAGUUCUACAGCUUCCUUCAUUCUUGUUUCCAGGCAUUCUUUGCAGCAAUGUCUUUCAUCUUGUGGGAUGAGGAGGGGGGCAUUGACUUGCCUGACUGUUUCACAGAUAUAAUAAGAUUAACACAAGGGGACAGAAGUUAUCUGUUGGUGGCACCAACCAUAAACUUCCUAUUUGGUCUUUUAAGUGAACCGGUGGUAGAUGUGCUGGAAAAGAUCUUCACCUGCAAGUUUCAUCGAUUGAGGUUGUUGCACAUGUGGGAUUGGAUCCAAGUGGAGAACCCUCUACAGCAGCCAUAUUCUGUGGAGAUGUUUCACUUUCUAUAUGAGUCUCAGAAUGAGCGAAUCCUAUCAUCUGCACUAAGAUGGGCUAAUGAAACAAGGAUAUAUAUCCAGACAGAUGUGGAGCUCUUGGUGGUCACUUUCUGCCUUAAGCUCUGCAGACACAUGAAGAGGCUUCAGCUGAGUGAAGGUGGAUGGCCAGGAGAUGCAGGGAGGCCCUCUGGGGUAGUUCUGUCUACACGGGCCCCCCUCACUGACACAUCUUGGAAAGUAUUCUUCUCUACACUCAAGGACAGCGAAGGGUUGAUGGAGCUGGACCUAAGUGGAAACCUGUUGAGUUACUCUGCAGUGCAGAGUCUUUGUGACACACUGAGACACCCACAUUGCCACCUGCACACCUUGAGGCUGGUCCACUGUGGCCUCACCCCCACUUGCUGCAAGGACCUGGCCUCUGUGCUCAGCACCAGCUCCAGCCUGAAGAAUCUCGACCUGCGUCAGAACAACCUGGGUGACCACGGUGUGAAGCUGCUCUAUGAGGGGCUCAGGCAUCCUCCCUGUCACCUCAAGUUCCUGUGCUUGGACCAGGACUCGCUGAGUGAACUGGUGAAGAGGGAGCUGAGGGCCCUGAAGCAAGAAAGACCUGAGCUAAUCAUCUCCAGCAGAUGGAAGCCAAGUGUGCUGAGCCCUACUGAAGGCCAAGACAGAGGAGAGAUGAGUAAGAGCAUCACCUCACUCAAGUGGCAGAGACAAUCUCCAGAUGACCUGAAAAUGGAGCAUGUAGGGAAGAAAUAUGACUUCUGGGGCCCCAUGGGGCCUGUGGCCAUUGAAGUAGUUGAGAAGCAGAAGAGCCUGUACAGGGUUCACUUCCCUGUGGCUGGCUUCUACCACUGUCCCAACAUGGGUCUCAGCUUUGUGGUAAUCAGGGACGUGACCAUCAAUAUUGAAUUCUGUUCCUGGGACACGUUCCUGGACAAGACUUCCCUGCAGCACACCUGGAUGGUGGCAGGGCCUCUGUUUGGCAUCACAGCUGAGCAGGGAGCUGUAGCUGCUGUGCACCUCCCUCACUUUUUGGCCCUCCAAGAUGAACAUGUGGACAUCUCCUGGUUCCAUGUGGCCCACUUUAAAGAGGAGGGGAUGCUGCUGGAGAAGCCAGCCAGGGUGGAGUCGCAUUGCGCAGUCCUGGAGAACCCCAGCUUCUCUCCAGUGGGACUUCUGCUGAGAAUUAUCCCCAAGGCCCGACGCCUCAUCCGCAUCACCUCCACAACCUUGCUCUAUCAUCGUUGCCAACCUGAGGACCUCACCUUCCACCUCUACCUGAUCCCCAAUGACUGCACCAUUCAGAAGGCCAUAGAUGAUAAAGAAGAAAAGUUCCAGUUUGUGCACAUACACAAGCCCCCACCACUGGAUCCUCUUUACCUGAACUCUCGCUAUAAUGUGUCUGGUUCUGAGUCGCUGGAAAUCAUCCCCCAGGAACUGAAAUUCUGCUAUCGGAGCCCUGAAGAAUCUCAACUCUUCUCUGAGAUCUCUGUUGCCCACUUGGGUCCUGGGAUCAGGCUACAAAUAAGUGACAAGAAAGAUGGAGCUGUCCUAUGGGAGGCCAAGGUGAAGCCAGGAGACAUCAGAGGUGCAGCCAAUGUGGUCACACCACCUCCAGCAGACUUACCUUCACCUCGAGAUGCUCUGGCCUUGCCACAUUUUGUGGACAGGCAUCGGGAGCAGCUGGUGGCCCGAGUGACAUCUGUGGAUCCUGUCUUGGACCUGCUGCAUGGACACAUGCUGAGUGAGGAGCAGUAUGAGCAGGUGCGGGCUCAGGCCACCAGGCCAGACCAGAUGCGGAAGCUGUUCAGCUUCAGCCGGUCCUGGGACUGGAUCUGCAAAGAUCAACUGUACCAAGCCCUGAAUGAGACCCAUCCUCACCUGAUCAGGGAACUCUUGGAGAAGAGUUGAGACCCAGAGAGAUUCUGAAAGCUCAAAUGUCAGUACUCAUAUUUGAGUCUAGGUUCUGUCUGAUCUCACUUGAGCCAUCAGAUUCCCCAUCCAUAGACAUGUUGCUGCCUUGCAACUCUAGAGUUAUGAAUGAACCUCUGCUGGUUGUUGCAUGCCCAGGACCAGAGCUGCUGCACGAACAGCCUCUCUGGCUCUCACAGACCCAGGAGACAAUAACAGGUACAGGGAGGACAACAGCAUCUCAAAGAUGUCUAAGAGAUGGCAAGAUUCCUGCCUUGUAGAGCCAAGACUCAUGUUCCUAGGUGCUAAGCUGGAGCCCUCCCUGUCCCAUGCAAAUGAAAACAGGCAUUGCAGGUGUUUGAGAAUAAAUGGGCAUAUGUGCUUCGGGAGUGUGAAAGGCUUAUAAAUAUAAAAUAAAGGGUUUAUCUUGGCUA